AUGGCCACUGCCAAUGCUAUGAGCAGUAGUUGUCAGAGCAUAGCUGCUGUUACAAAUAUGUCGACAAGCGUUGGUGGUGGUUGUUUACGUUCCACCGGUGGCAAUGGUGGCAAUACUCAGUAUGUCAUGGGUACCGGCAGUUUGGGUCGACUCAAGCUAAAAACAUUGGGCGCCAGUGAUGAGGAAUUAGAUUUUGCCCAGUUAUCUCAAUCGACCCAUAUAUUGGGACGUGUUAAAUCCGAACGUUUCCUAUCAUCUAAAGUGGAUGAAGAUCGUCGCCGCCGCACAAUUAUUGUCGAGAAGAAAAACGAUUCCUUUGGCUUUACCCUGCAAAGUUAUGGCAUCCAUUAUAAGAAGGAUCAGGAAGUGGAGAUGAUUACCUAUGUCGACUAUGUGGAGUAUGAUGGACCAGCCUAUAAGGCCGGGAUGCGUGAGGGUGAUGUCAUACUCUCGAUUAAUGGCCAAAAUAUGGAGAAGGCAGAUCACAAGACCCUGGUGGAUUUUAUUAAAAGUUGUGAUUCUCGGAUGCGUAUGGUGGUGCUGUUCGAGGAUUGUGUGAGGAAGGUCAAUUUACACAUGCGUUAUAUCCAGCUACAAAAUCUCCUCCAAAAUAAAAUGAAUGAAUUGGAACGCAUCUGUGUCAGGGAACGUGAAUUGUUGGAGGGCAAAUGGAAAACCCAUUCUCUGCCGGCUCGUAAAAAGGCCAACACGUCCACCGAACCGGGUGGCACGGAAACGGGAAAUUCUCCUACAGACACAGAGAUAAAUCUACCCUAUUAUCGUCCGGCUUUGUCAACCGAAGAUUUUAGUAAUUUGGCUCGCCAAGCAUCCCAGCAGACAAUAAUACCACCACCAGCUCAAUAUAUGCUCUCCUAUCAGUAUUUCGAUCCAACCUAUCGUUAUGUUCUGAAACCCUCCAUAUCGACCACCAGUAGUGGUGAUUGUUUUGUGACAAUAGGAGAGGCACCACUGAGUCGGGCCCAGUCAGGGGAUACCACCACAGCUGGGGCUAGUUCGCAACAUUUUACCAGCCAAAGGAGGGCAAGUGUUUCGCAGACCCCACCGGCGCCACCGCCCCGAACCUGUGAGAAACACAAACCACCAAAUAAACAGCAGCAGCAACAAUCUACACCUGCUAAACAGGACGGAGGAGCAUCCGCUUCGGCGGCUGCGGGUUCCCAGAAAUCCAGCAAGGCAGGUAAACAUUGCCAUGGACGUUCCUGUAAUCCUUGUAUAGAUUUUCGUUGGAAAUCCUCAGCCAAGACAGCGGCCCUGGCGGCCAGUGGUAAUGGUGGCGGUGGUGGUGACAAUGUUAGUUUGGAUGCCUACGACUUGGCCAGUCCCUGUUGUGAUACCCAGUGUGUUCCAACACGGCGCCAUGUACGCCACCAUCACAAGGAGCACACGCAUAAACAUAAGCAUCGUGAUCGUGAACGAGAAAGUGAGUCCAAAGAACGACCACCACGUCCCAAGUCACAGAGUCAUGUUUCACCGGGACCCAUCACGCGACAGCAUCAUCAUCACCAUCAUCAUGUGGCCCAUGAUCCGGUGCAUCAUCAUCAGGCUGCUCAACAUUAUCAGUAUUAUGGAACAGGUCAGCAGCAGCAACAACAACAACAUCACCAACAAUCCAUGUCCAGUCAACAUCAGAAAUCUGGUCAUGGAUGUGAUUCGCAUAGUGGUAGCAUAAGGUCAAGGUAUUUUGAUCUAGCCUCCGGUCUGGCUAGUCACUGUAGUCUCCAUUCGUGUACGUCCAGUGAAUUUCAGCAACCGGAUACGGCAUCCUAUACCACAUCGAUUAGUACGGAUACUCUGUUCUAUGAUCCGAAUAGUGAAAAUCCUGGUAUGGCAUCAAGGCAGCAUUCAACAAAAUCCAGGCAAUCGACAUGUCAGCAACAACAUCAGCAGCAGCAACAACAACAGCAGCAUCAGCAACAACAACAACAGCAGCAUCAACAUCACCAUCAUCAUUCUCAGCAGGGAGAACCGGCCCAAUAUAUGCAUCACAUGUACCAACAGCGUUACCAUAUCACCGCCACACAAAUCCAACCGGCCCAAAUAUUCCCCAAUACCGCCUAUGUACACAAACCCAAGUCCUGGGAUAAUUUAACUGCUGCCAACCUGGGGGCCUAUGGCUACGGUUAUGGCUAUCUGGACACGGUGGCCAUGAAACCCAUUGUCAAUUUACAAAUUGCCCAGCAGCGGCAUUCCAUACCUCGUAAAAAUCCCUAUGGGCGUUAUUCGGCCUAUACCGAUGUGGAGAAUUAUGCUCCACCACCUACGGAAUUCUUGGAGCAGGUGACCACCACUACCACCACAAUAACUGCCAAAUCAGCCGAAGAUAUUCUGGCCUCACCGGGUACGGGACCUUCAUCUGCUGCCACCCUCACCGCCACCACUAAUCCCUGUGAAUGCAUCAAUUCGCAGCAGCACCAACAGGCCAUCAAAAUGGCUCAAAUGCAAAUCAAUCAAGGACAUGGCCAUCACAACAGCUGUCAACUAGGCUACUAUUCACAUCUGCCACAACCGAAAACGGAUGCGGCGACCUCAACGGCCGGAUCACCACAAACAGCCAAUGCUGCCACCGUAACGGAAGUGACACGUUUGUAG